AUGGAUUAAGGAUGGGAAGUAAGUGAAGAGCACUACUUGGAACAUUUAAUAUAAAAUCCUCUAAAUUUAAAACGGCAAGGAUCAUAAUAAAUAUAGAAACCUGCUAGUGUUAUAGUUUAAGAAUCACCUAAAACUAGAAUGAGAUUCAGAACCACUUCCAUGCCCAAAUUAGAAGAGAGUAGUAAACCAAAUUCUCCAACCAAAAAAACUGUUUUAGAACCCUAACAUAAAGUUGAAUAACAAAUAAAAUAGCAAGCAUCUCCAAUUAUUAUUAAAACUCCUAUUAGAUAAUAGAAAUUUUAAUUAUAUCCAUAGCGAAUAUCUCUACGAUCAACUCUUUAUCAAACUCCAUUAGAAGAGAGUAGUCCAAUCAAAUAGGGGAGAACUCUUUAACCAAAGCAAUUUAAUCCAAUUUUAUAAAAUGUCAAUGAUACACAUUAUAAUGGUAUGAAAGGAUAGACAAGAUCAGUGAAGAGUGCAUCUAUGAGUAAUUUCUUGAACAAUGAAGAACGUUUGUUAUACAAAAAGAAAAUUGAAGAUCUUGUCUUCAAAAUGAGACCAUAAAGAAAUGCUAGUAUUAUAUAUGUCAAUUCAUUAAGUUCCAUAUAAACUACUGCAGAUGAUACUGUACUAAGAAAAAUCUAAAAAUGA